AUGGCCUUUCACUGGUUACUAGCGAGCGUCCUGCUCCUUGUCAUUUGGUGCGUCUAUCAGGUGAUAGCCAAGAUUGUACUGCCGCCAGCACAUUUCCCCAAGAAUAUCCCUACUAUCCCGUUCUAUUAUACCCUUCUGUCUCUGGUUAAAGAGGUCGACCAAGAGCAACUCUAUCGUAAAUAUCUUGAGAAACCAUUGACAGAAUGGGGCGCCGUGAAGAUAUUCUUUGGGGGGCAUUGGAACGUUCUCAUCACCCGCCCAAGCUACAUGGCACAGGUCCUCAAAUAUGAUGAAGAUUUCCCCAAGACAGGAAACCAGGUAAAGAACCCCCACUCUGUUCUAGCCCUCUAUACGGGCGAGAAUAUCAUUAGUGCAGCGGGCGAGAAUUGGAAGCUAUUCGCGGAUGUGAUGAAGCCGGCACUACAAGCCAAUAUUGAUGCUUCAGUCAUUGUGAGGAAUGCACACAAGUUGAUCGAUCAAUUCCUUCAAGAACAACGGCGCAAGAGCAGUGUCGAUGUGUCAGAGAAUAUCCAAGCAUACGCCAUAGCGAACAUAAGCGAGUCUCUACUAGGCUCUAGCUUUGAAGCACUGGGAAAUCCCAACCAUCCUUUACUGAAACUCCAGCGAGAAAUAAAGCCAAAGAUAUUUAACCCAUUUCACCUGAAUUUCCCUGGGUUGGAUCGGUUUCCUAUCCCGAGUCGGGAGGCGGCCAAGAAGCUGGUCAGAAGAUUCCAAGCUGAGCUUGCAUCUCAUGUUAUGGAUGGCCACAAACACCGGUGUCAAUCUGAUAGCACCAACUUAGGAUGCCGACUCCUCUCGGCGUACGAGAACGGACAGCUCUCCGAGUAUCACUACCAGCAAAACAUCCUUAUAACUUUCGUUGCUGGCCAUGAGAACCCGAUGAUUUUGCUACUUACCAACCUCUUCGUUCUCGCUGACAAGCCGGAGCUGCAGCAGCAGGUCAGAAAUGAAGUCAUGAACCUCUCGCCUGCUGACCGGGUCAAUCCCGACGUGCUCGCUACACUUCCUCUUCUGACAUCAAUAAUAUUUGAGACAUUGAGGAUGUAUCCUCCCCUAUCGCAGAUCAUGAAUAAGCGCACAGCCACAGACGUAAUGCUGGGUGAAGACAUCCUCUUACAGGCCGGCACUUACACUGGCUACAAUGGCUACAGCACCAACAGGAACAGAGAAUUCUGGGGUGCAGACGCGCAUGAGUUCCGCCCCGCCCGGUGGGGGAAUACUAUCGAUGACAUGAAUGCGCUCUACAGACGAGCCACUAGCAAAGCCACAUUCAUCACUUUCCAUGGCGGAAAACGCACGUGUCUGGGCCAGAGGUGGGCGAUGGCGGCGCACCGUGUGACCAUGUCUAUCUUCCUGGCCUCGGUAAGGUGGCAACUAGACCCGACGUGGCCACGAAAGAUGACGCCGGCUGGCCCUUUAAUGCCCAAGAGGCUAAGGCUACAAGUGGAAGAAAUAAAGGAUUCGGUAUGA